ACGGUUAGCUUCCAAUUAAACUUAAUUGGCAAAAAGGGACAGCGGCACUGCGUUAAACCUUUCGAUUCGUCCGGGCCGGGCGCGCUGUCAUUGAUUUAAAGGGCUGAAUCACCGCCUACUUUUUUUUGUAUUUAGUCAACCUCCAACGGUCUUCAUUCUUUUUUCAUUAUUACUGUUUUGCAUACUACACUCAUUUAAACAAAGUCACUCAUUUUUGAACUUCUCUAACAAUGCGUGUUUCUACCCUCUUGGGCCUCAGUGCCUACGCCGUCGCCGAGGCGAGCUGUUCGCGCAACAUCAUUUACUAUGACCAGUGGCAUACUGCUGAUCUUCCUCCCAAGGAUGUUACUCACAGCGUCACCCACGUCAUGAUGUCUUUUGCCAACUCUUCGCUCUUCACCACCGAGCCUGCUGGCAAGUAUGAGCCUUUCCAGCCUCUUAAGCAGGUUCGCGCUCUUUUCGACCAUGACAUCAAGGUCUGUCUUGCUAUUGGUGGUUGGGGCGACAAUGCUGGAUUCGAUGAGGGUCUCAAGACCGACAAAAGCCGUGAGAGGUUUGCGCGUAACGUUGCUUCUACUCUUGAUAGACUCGGUUACGACUGUGUUGACAUCGACAUGGAGUACCCCGGUGGUAACGGCGCGGACUACAAGCAGGUUGUCAACUCCAAGAAGACCUACGAGAUCAAGGCCUUCCCUAAGCUCCUUAAGGAGAUCAAGAAGUUCAUCGGCAAGAAGGAGCUCUCCAUCGCUGUCCCUGCUCUUGAGCGCGACAUGAUUGCCUACGUCCCCAGCGAGACUCCUCUCAUUGAAAAGUCCGUCGACUUUGUCAACGUCAUGACCUAUGAUCUCAUGAACCGCCGUGAUCACUACACCACCCACCACGUCUCCGUCAAGGGUGCCGCUCGUGCCAUCGACAAGUAUCUCUCCCUCGGUUUCCCCGCUCACAAGCUCGUCCUCGGCAUCCCCUUCUACGCCAAGUGGUUCACUACCAAGCAAGGUUACACUUGCAACCAGCCCAUCGGCUGCCCUACUGAGCUUCUCGAGAACCCCAAGGAUGGUAGCGACACUGGAAAGUCUGGCUCCAUGACCUUUGAGGCCGCCAACUUUGUUUCUGCUCCUACCAACUUGACUGCUACUCCUGAUGCUACUUGCGGUGCUGGUACCUUCUUCAAGUGCGCUACUGGAUCUUGCUGUGGUGGUUCCGGCUGGUGUGGUGACACCCCUGCUCACUGCGGUACUGGCUGCCAGUCUGCCUACGGCAAGUGUGACGGCAUUGAUCUCUCCGCCUCAUUCCACAAGGCUCUCGACAAUGGCCGAACCGACAAGGUCAAUGGAGGGCAGUGGUACUGGGAUGCCCCCAACCGUAUCUUCUGGUCCUGGGACACUCCCGAGCUCAUCGCUGAGAAGAUCAACCUUCUUGCCAAGACCCGCGGUAUCAAGAGUGUCAUGGCCUGGGCUCUUGCUCUUGACAGCCAUGACUGGAGCCACCUCAAGGCUAUGCAGCAGGGAUUCGACCGCGUCAACGCCUAGAUGCCUGGCAGCUUGUUCAACUGGGCCUUCUCGGGGCCCAGACUAUAGACUCAUAGAAUAAUAGCUGGGGUGUGAGGUCAACAGAUUUGUUUAGUACUAUAAUAAAUAAGUCUUCCCUGGUGCACUUAUGACUCACUCAACAUGUUGUACUUGUCAUGCG